AUGGAGGAGAAGCUGAAGCUGUCAAAGGACAGCACUGCCCCCUUGGUAGACGCCACGAGCUACCGGAGCAUCGUUGGCGGGCUGCGCUACCUCACGCACACUCGGUCGGACAUUGGGUUCGCCAUGGGGUACGUGAGCCGCUUCAUGGCAGAGCCGCGGGAGGAUCACCUCGGCGCUGUCAAGCAUCUACUCGGCUAUGUAGCAGGGACGCGCAGCUACGGGCUCAUCUUCCCAAGGAGGAGCGGAGGAGCGCUGGAGCUGGUCGGCUUCAGUGACAGCGACAUGGCAGGCGACGUUGAUGGGCGGCGGAGCACGACGGGCAUACUCUUCUUCCUUGGAGCGUGCCCCAUCUCCUGGCAGUCACAGAAGCAAAGGGUGGUCGCGCUGAGCACAUGUGAAGCUGAGUACAUUGCAGCGGCGACAGCGUGCUGCCAGGGAGUUUGGCUGAGCAGGCUGCUGCAGGAGGUGAUGGAGGAGAAGCCCUGCACGCCUGUGCUGAUGGUGCACAACAAUUCUGCCAUUGCUUUGGCAAAGAACCCUAUCCUCCAUGACAGAAGCAAGCACAUCGACACCAAAUUUAACUACAUUCAUGACUGCAUCGAUGGAGGACAGAUCAAACUCGAGUAUGUCGAGACAGCUCGACAGCUCGGGGACAUCCUCACCAAGCCACUUGGGCACAUUCGACUCACAGAGUUGAGGACCAAGAUUGGAGUUGAGGAGAUCAAGCAAGAGCAGUACAAUUAG